AAAAAGGGCGGACCUUGAACGAUUUGGAGAGUGGGGAAAGGUUGACGGAAUCGGUUAAGUGUAUUGUCGACCGAAGCCAUCUUGACCGAGAAGCACAUCUCCGGAAAGGUCAUUUUGCACCCAAGAUGGUGAAGAUUUUCGUUGGAAACCUUCCGCCUCAGGCGGAAACGGAUGAGAUCCAGGCCCUCUUUGCUAAGUAUGGUACUGUCACUGAAUGUGCCAUCAUCAAGAACUUCGCGUUUGUUCACAUGGAGGACCGCAAGAGUGCAACCAAAGCCAUAAAAAACUUGCAUUUAUACAAGUUGCAUGGUGUGCCCAUAAAUGUUGAGGCUAGCCAUGGAAAGAACCAGGGCCCAAUUAAAUUGCAUGUGGCUAAUGUCGAGAAGGGUUCUGCCGAUACAUUGCGGGCACUGUUUGAAGAAUACGGCACCGUAUCGGAGUGUUCCGUCGUCAAAAACUUCGCUUUUGUUCAUAUGCCCAAUUCAGAGGAGGCUAUGGACGCAAUGAAGGGCUUGGCGAAUGCUGAGUUCCAAGGCAAGAGGAUUCAUGUUCAGAUCUCAAAGAGCCGCCCCAGGGGCGGUGAUGAGGAGUUCCAACAUGGCCCCCCGCCCCCAGAAAGAGCAGGUUAUUGGGGACCUCGUUUCCCUGGUGACCGCCCCGAACCCGGCCCGCCUGGUUAUCCCAGGGGCCGGUUUGGCCCCCCAGUGUCCCAUGGCUAUCCCCCUGCCCCACCUCCUCCCCCUCCUCCUCCCCCCAGGCGUGCCCCUUACCCUGAUCGCACUCCUUCGUACGAGCGCGACGGCUAUGGGGUAGUCGACUACUAUGAAAAGUACCGCGCCCGGCCGUACGGCAUCACGUCCUACGAUGACCGGCGUGUCAGCUCUGUGCCCCCUCCCCCGCCACCCCCCUCAUCAGCCCUGAUGAGAGAGCGCCUGGGCGCCAGCACACUCGACCCAUACGAGCGUCGCCCCCUUCCUCCUCCGCCGUCCGCUUACUACGCUGCCCGUGACCGCAGCCCCAUCCGACGGGCACCACCCCCCUCAUCUGCCCCGACAGGCAACGGCUAUUCAUACGAGCGCUCCCGACUCUCACCGCUGUCCAUGUCCCGGAGCGCGUACGGAAUGCCCCGAACCCGGGACCCCUACGCAGACAGGGUGCCGCCCCCACCUCCGGCGCGCUACUCAUACUAAAGAUAACAGCCAGCGCCACACGUGUGCUCAAGGUUUAAAUUAUUCGACAAGGUCGUCGUCGUCUCCUGAUGCACACGGCGCAUAACGCAUCCCUACGUCUGGCGACGUGCGUUCCGUUCGGCGACGACUCAUAGUGGAAGAGUUUGUAAUGCGGACCUCCCGUCCUUUAAACACACGCUUUUAGUCUCGUCACGUUUCCCGUCUUCUGGCAAAAACUUGUAAAGUUUGCAUAUAUUUUUUUUUUUUGUUCUGCCUGCUUGUCCUUAAUAGAUUACCUUUACUUGUUUGAAUCUGAGAUGCCGCAAGACAGGUUGAAUCCUUAUAACAUAAAAUGUAAACUGGAUGUCGCUCAAGCCGAGAGCGUUUUCAUUGUGCAGCAUUGAGAUUCAGUAUCUUAACUGUGUGAGCUGAAACUGAACGAUUUCAGUUAAAUUGAAGGAAAAUUAACAUUCUUUUAAUGUAAUGGGCUAUAUGGUUUUAAUUUGGUACAUCCGAGGUUGUAUAUUCGUUUAAAAUAAAUUACACUUUUGUUUUAUCACAAUUCAUUUUGUCAGUCUAUUGCAUAUGGCUAACAUUAUAGUCUGGUUAAGAAAAAUGCUAAAUAGGCCUUUGGAUUUUUGUUAAAGCAGUAAAACAGUACACUAUGAAUUGACUGAUGUGUUAGUGUGACUCCGAUAGACCCUUAGUAACCUAAAAGUAGUGAAAUGUACGUACUUCCCUUUACAGAAGUUUGACCAAGGUAUUUUUAAAUAAACUGACUUGAAAUGCUGCGUCGUUUGCAAUUUGUUGAGAGUCCCAUUAUUGCAUAAUGUCUGCUAAUGAACCUUGAUCUUGCCCUCCAUGUAUAAAUGGAAGGUAGUCGAGUAGCUCCACACCCUGCUUGCACAAACGUGUGGCUCUUAAGCGAACGCAAUGCUCACUCUAACUAUUCGCACUCUGCUUGUCGCCUGUUUUAGGCCAUUAAAUGCGACGUCAGCCAGAGCGUCCCUUUUUAUCUUGGCUCGCUAAACUUUCUUCCAGCCAUCCUCAGUUGGGACGUGUUAAGACAUGCCUUUACCCACCAAUUAAUCUAGACACGGAACACUUGUAGAGAAAACGAAACAGUAGGUCAGGAUUUCCUUUUCUAAGGUGGAAAGGGUCCAUUUGAUUAAGUUUAAUGGACUUGACUAUUAACAGGUAAGUUGGGUAAGCCAUAAUUUACAUAUGCACUGAAUAUAGUUUAUAUUUGAAUGUGCCCAGGUAAAGUUCACAAUGCAUGUGCCCUCAUAAGAAGGUCUCAUUCAUACAACUGCUUGUGUGUGUGUUUUGUUUUGCCCUGCCCCUUAGUCAUCUUGAGAGGGUUGAAGUCUGACUUUCUGUGGAAAAAAAAAAAAAAACACCUGGAAAAUUUAGCAGAAUUACCAUAUGAAGUAAUAUUUGUUGUCUGGCCUAGUUCCAGAUAUUUUAUUAGUGAUGGGGGAAGUUAUUCACAUAUGCCUUCAAAUCUUGAAUUUGUACAUAUCCAAUAAAGCCAAAAGAACAACAUAA